CGCUGAGGGGAAGGGUGAGGGUGAGGGUGAGGGUGAGGUGGCAGAGGCGGCGGCUCUGCGGCGCUCGCGGAUCGGGCGCGUUUUCCUCCACAGCGGCAGAGGAGCGGAGCGGAACGAAACAGACUGAAGGACCGCAGAAGCUGAAAAUAUGGAGACAAAGUUGUUGGAAGAUCCUCUUCCCAAAAAGGUGGAGCUACAUGUGACAGCAGCUGCCAUUUUUUGAGGACAUGUCCCAUCUUUCCAGGUGUCUUUUUCACAUAAUAGUAUAUUUUCUUCAUCGCCACGACAACGCACUUCACUCCAAAAAACAGGAAUAAGGCCAAAUCCAGAAAAGGAUUUAGAGAUUUCCUAAUGACAGUGGUGGAAGAACUUAGUCAUGUACACACAGCAAAACACACAAGAGGAUUGUUAAAGCGGAAGUUUCUAAAGGAUCGGAAGAUGAAAGCAAAACAUGAAGGUGAACCUAAGAAUAACCAGAGUGGAUACUGGAAUUGGAUACAAAGGAUGUACUUUAGAAAAACCGAGCAGGUGCUUAAGUGGUCACAGCUGUGAUACGGCCUGAGCCGGGUGUCGCCUCAGGGGCGGCCCUGCAGCGGCGGAGGGAGCGCGAACUUCACUCGUACCCGGAACAGCGCCCGCAUCCCCGGGAGCGCGCGGCACAGGGAUUUCCCUGUGGGAAUUGCGCGGUACGGAAGUGACGCGCGGGCGGGAAGUGACGGCGGCGGCGGGAGCGGGGCCGGAGCGGGCCAUGAACAGCCGCCUGCAGGAGAUCCGCGAGCGGCAGAAGCUCCGCCGGCAGCUCCUGGCGCAGCAGCUGGGCGCCGAGAACGCGGACAGCAUCGGCGCCGUGCUCAACAGCAAGGAUGAGCAGCGGGAGAUCGCGGAAACCAGGGAGACCUGCAGGGCUGCUUAUGAUACUUCUGCACCAAAUGCAAAACGUAAAUAUCCAGAUGAGGGAGAAGCGGAUGAGGAAGAGAUUGAAGAAUAUAAGGACGAAGUAGAGCUGCAGCAAGAUGAAGAAAACCUGCCCUAUGAAGAGGAGAUUUACAAAGAUUCCAGUACCUUUCUUAAGGGCACUCAGAGCCUAAAUCCACACAACGAUUACUGCCAGCACUUUGUGGAUACAGGACACAGACCCCAGAACUUCAUCAGAGAUGUUGGCUUAGCAGAUAGGUUUGAAGAAUAUCCAAAACUUAGAGAGCUCAUCAGAUUGAAGGAUGAGCUGAUAUCUAAAUCUAACACUCCUCCCAUGUAUUUGCAAGCAGACUUGGAAGCCUUUGAUAUUAGGGAGCUGAAGUCCAAAUUUGAUGUGAUUCUGCUGGAGCCACCACUGGAAGAAUAUUACCGAGAGACUGGCAUUACUGCCAAUGAAAAAUGCUGGACCUGGGAUGAUAUAAUGAAACUGGAAAUUGAAGAAAUUGCAGCCCCAAGGUCAUUUGUGUUUCUGUGGUGUGGCUCAGGCGAGGGUCUGGAUCUCGGCCGAGUGUGUCUGCGUAAAUGGGGUUACAGAAGAUGUGAGGACAUUUGCUGGAUUAAAACAAAUAAGAACAACCCAGGCAAGACCAAGACUCUAGACCCUAAGGCUGUCUUCCAAAGAACCAAGGAGCACUGCCUCAUGGGCAUCAAGGGCACCGUGCGCCGCAGCACCGACGGCGACUUCAUCCACGCCAACGUGGACAUCGACCUCAUCAUCACCGAGGAGCCGGAGAUCGGCAACAUCGAGAAACCCGUGGAGAUCUUCCACAUCAUCGAGCAUUUCUGCCUCGGGCGGCGGCGGCUGCACCUCUUCGGCAGGGACAGCACCAUCCGACCAGGUUGGCUGACCGUGGGACCCACCCUCACAAACAGCAACUUCAACGCGGAAACGUAUUCCUCGUAUUUCACGGCUCCCAAUUCCCACCUGACUGGCUGCACCGAGGAGAUCGAGAGGCUGCGGCCCAAGUCCCCGCCCCCCAAGUCCAAGUCCGACCGGGGCGGGGGUGCCCCGAGGGGAGGAGGAAGAGGAGGGACCUCGGCGGGCCGGGGAGAAAGGGGCAGGGAAAGGAACAGAACCAACUUCCGCGGUGAGCGGGGUGGCUUCAGAGGGGGCCGAGGAGGGACCCACCGAGGGGGCUUCCCCACCCGCUGAGGAGUGACUGAGGUCUGCUGCCCCCGGCCUGGGAGUCUUUUCUGUAGUCUGUUUUUCCUGCAGUGGAUUCCUCCGGGGACUCAAGCCAGAUGACUUUUACAGUUGUUUUUGGAGCACGCCAUUCCAGUCAGCCAGCCUUGCAGCCUGGCACAGCCCCUCACCUGGCUGUGUCCUGCACGGGCUGCACUGAACUCAGAGCAGAGACACCACGGGUAGGAUGGAAAUGACCCCCUUGCUCUCCCCUUAGGAACCUUGCAAGGUGGAGACUUAGGUUUCAACUUCAUUUUCUCCAAAACAUGGAUUCCUCUCCGUCUUUGGAGGUUUGGGUUUGGACUGACUUGCAUUAAUAUCCUGGAGCAGGCAUGAAAUGCAUGGCCACAGCAGACUUGCUGUCCUAUGGAAGAAAAGGUGCUGUGUCUGUAUUGACACCUAUUUUAACUUCUCUGAAACCAAGGAGCAGAUGAAAUAAAUAGAAUUAUAUUUUUUCAUAUUUGGUUUAAACUUCCCAAAUUAUUCCUGGGAAUAGGAAAAGGUUAAUUUUUAAUUUGUGGUAUACUGUCAUGUCAGUAGUUGGGGGAGUGGUAAUUCUGUGCAGUUGUGUGUUGUGCUUCCUGGAAAGCACCAAGCUGUGUAUUUGUGUGCAUCCCAGAAGUCGUGCACAGGUCUGGGUUGCUCCUUGAGAGGGGAUUUUCCCCCAGUGUGUGUCUGUAACACCUUGUUCCGUGGGAGGGAAGAGCAGUGUCCCUCUCUGUCUGGAGGGAGGAUUGCACAGGAGGGGGUGGGAGUGUGCGAUGGGCUGUGCCAGGGAACACUGAUGGACCUGGGUGCUGCCUUUGCCUUCGGGUGUUGCACACAUUUGGGAAUGGUGUGGAGACAGUGACCCCCUCCCCUAUGAACAGUGUCCAUUUUUAGCAAAACAACAACUCUGAGCUUCUUGUGCAGUUCUUGGCAGACUGAACAAACCCGGCUUUUGAUGUCUCAAGGUCUUAGGUAUGGGUUUUGGAAAACUGGCAUUUAAGUGUCAAUGUUUCUCUUGAAGCCUGGCUUUUAAAUAACUGUCCUGUAAAGUAGCAAAUUAUUAAACAUGUUUAUCAAAGCUGAUGUUGAAA